UUAGAGAAACCACCAUUAGAACAAGCUGAAAUUUAUUAUCGAAAAUUAAACAAUGUAAACAUGGAUAGUUUCAAUGAAGAUCUAAAAGUACUAGAUUUAAAUGACGAUUAUGAUCUUUCAGUCCUUAUUGAUAAAUAUGAAAAUACGUUGAAAGAAACAUUACAGCAGCAUGCUCCACAAAAACGACGAAUUAUAACUCUUCGUCCUUUAUCACCAUGGUACAAUGAGGAGAUUGGUCAAGAAAAAAGAAAUCGCAGGAAACUAGAGCGCCGCUGGCGCGCAUCUGGACUAUGUAUUGACAGACAGUUAUAUGUCCAAAAAUUUUGAGACAGUGAAUGCCAUGAUAAAGAAUGCUAAGACAACAUACUACUCAUCGGUUAUUUCCAGUAAUGCACAUAAUCAGAAAGUGUUAUUUAGUACGGUUGAUAAAUUACUCCAUCGAAAGCCAGAAAAGCGCUAUCCAACUGCGUCAUCAACGACUGAACUCGUGAAUAAAUUUGCAGAUUUCUUCAGUAAUAAGAUUGCUAUUAUAUGGAAAGAACUAGCCAUUGAUUCUUCCCACUGUAAUCAGCGAAAUCAAGAGGAACAAUAUGCACAAUGCGUUAAAUUCAUUAACUUUCAAGAAGUCACGGAACAUGAGAUUGAAAAUGUUAUUGAUAAAGUUGGUAAAAAAUCUUGUGAACUUGAUCCAGUUCCCGCAAAAAUCUUCCAAGGUUGUCAGAAGACUCUCCUACCUAUAAUUACUAAGAUUAGUAAUGAGUCACUUCAGUCAGGAUGUAUGCCUGAGAAACUAAAAGAAGCCGUGUUGAAACCAAAACUAAAGAAAGAUUCGCUGGAGUCCGAAGAAUACACAAAUUUCCGACCUAUUUCAAAUUUAAAAUUCCUGUCUAAAGUAAUUGAGAAGGUUGCUGCCGGUCAGCUUCUGGAACACUUGGCUAAUAACAAAUUAGAAGAACCCUUCCAGUCGGCAUAUAAACGUUUUCAUAGUGCAGAAACAACCCUAUUAAAAGUACAAAACGAUAUUCUUGUAGCCAUUGAUAAUCGUAAGUGUGUGGUGUUGCUAUUACUAGAUAUGUCAGCAGCAUUCGAUACUGUUGAUCACGAACUUUUACUACAACGAAUGUUCAAAAGAUUUGGGAUAGAUGGGCAAGUGUUGAAAUGGUUUCAGUCCUAUCUUCAGAAUAGAACGCAAAGUGUAGUAAUUGACGGUGUUAAAUCUAUCUCUAAAGACUUGCGCUGUGGAGUCCCACAAGGAUCGGUUCUCGGCCCUAUACUAUAUUUACUAUACACUUCACCCCUUGGUGAUAUCAUCAGAGGUCAUGAUCUUGAUUUUCACUUUUAUGCAGAUGACUCGCAAUUAUAUCUCGCUUUUGAGUCAACCAUUGACGGAAAAUUGGGAGCACUGGCACAAAUUGAAAUGUGUGUGAAAGAGAUUGAUUUGUGGAUGGUCAAAAAUAAAUUGAAAUUGAAUGGGGACAAGACUGAACUACUAGUAAUCAAUGCACGAAAUCGUUCAUGCCCUGCUGUAGAAUAUAUAGAAGUAUCUAAUUCAAGAAUUCAACCAAGUACUUCAGCACGAAACAUUGGUGUAACUUUCGACCACCACAUGUCUAUGGAUAAACAUGUUACCAAUAUUUGCAAGAACUGUUUUUUCCAUUUGAGAAAAAUAGCAAGAAUAAAAGAGUACUUAUCAACGUCAGAUAUCCAAACUUUAGUUCAUGCCUUUAUUACAUCGAAACUGGAUAAUUGUAAUUCUUUAUUAUACGGAUUGCCUAAAUUUCUUAUUGAUCGGUUACAGAAUGUGCAAAACUGUGCUGCUCGACUGGUGACAGGAAGCAAAAAAUACGAUCAUAUUACUCCAUUAAUGAAACAAUUACAUUGGCUCCCCAUCAGUCAACGCAUCAUCUAUAAAAUUGUUCUUAUUACGUAUAAAUCUCUGAAUGGCUCAGCUCCACAUUACAUUAAUAAUAUGCUAAAACCUUACACACCAUCAGCAAAUUUACGCUCCUCAUCCAAAGGAUUGCUUACCAUACCCUCAGUAAAACUAGUGAACUAUGGUGAACGAUCGUUCUCAUAUGCUGCACCGAAACUGUGGAACGAACUGCCAGAGUGUAUUAGAAAGAGUGAGACCUUGCCUAUUUUUAAAACCAGAUUAAAGACACAUCUUUUUAAACAGUAUUAUGACUAAGUUAUUAUUUUAACAAGAUUAUUAGCAAUUUUAUAGUAUUCUAUAUAAGUACUCUUAACGAGAAGAGCAUAUAAUUAUUUUUUAGUAAUUUUAUAGUAUAGUAAUUUUAAUAGUCAAUGCAUGUACUAUGUUCUAACACUUAGUAUAUAUUUUUAACACUUAAUGUUAAGCGCUAUUGAGCUAUGGGAAAUGGCGCUAUAUAAAUGAAUUAUAAUAAUAAUAAUAAUAAUAAUAAUAAUCAGUCGGGCUGAAAGCCAUCGGGUGUUAAACAAUUAGAUCGGGCAUAAUCAGUCGGGCUGAAAGCCAUCGGGUGUUAAACAAUUAGAUCGGGCAUAAUCAGUCGGGCUGAAAGCCAUCGGGUGUUAAACAAUUAGAUCGGGCAUAAUCAGUCGGGCUGAAAGCCAUCGGGUGUUAAACAAUUAGAUCGGGCAUAAUCAGUCGGGCUGAAAGCCAUCGGGUGUUAAACAAUUAGAUCGGGCAUAAUCAGUCGGGCUGAAAGCCAUCGGGUGUUAAACAAUUAGAUCGGGCAUAAUCAGUCGGGAAACCAAUAUACCCGAACAAGUUACAGUCAAAAUACAAGAACCUUCCCGCUUCUGUAGUGUGUUGACAUUUUCUGUAAUUUGUUCUGUAUUACUGUGUAAACGGUUACCGAUUUAUAAAAAAAUGCCGCGAUAAAAUUCAUAUUUCGCAGCUUUCAUGUGUUAAAAUGCCGUGAAUAAAACGAGAAAUGUAUUUCUCGCCACAAUUUAUUAUACUAUAGACUGAUAAAGGCUCAUUUCCACUCAAGAAAAUUUUCCACGGACAGAAAUGUUUCCGAAAAUAUCAUACAUUGAGAGUCAAAACUGUGAAUCAAUAAUCUGUGGUCCCAGGAGUAUUCUCAACGGAUUUGUCAUUCUCAACACAACAUAAAACUAAGUUUUAUCACGUCUUUCAUGGCGCAACCUCACCAACCUGAAAGCUUAUUGCGACCCAAGAAGUGUUACUUAAACUAAAGUCGAAAUUACAGCAAACAUUGCAUCGCUUUAGUCGAACUUAGCAGUUUGUAAUGUUAUUUGAAAAAUCUUGAAACAUUUAUUACAGUAAUAAACUACUAAUGUUAGAUCAUUACCAAAGAAAAUUGACGAGCUCCAGCAAAUUGCAGAGCUAAACUCUGCAAGUGUUAUUUGCAUUACUGAAUCGUGGCUAUCACCUGACAUUCCUGAUCAUUGCGUAUCUAUCCCUGGAUUCAACUUAUUUCGUAGGGGUCGCAUAGGAUCUUCUGGUGGUGGGGUCUGUGUAUAUUUGGAUCAUAAAAUACCUUGUAACCGUUUGGAUUCAUGUGACCAAUCUGAUGUAGAAUCAAUUUGGAUUUCAUUAAGACCACAUAAACUCCCAAGAGAAAUUACAUCCAUUAUUCUAGGAGUAAUAUAUCAUUCAACAUCCAAUAAAGAACCUGAGAAUGUUGUCCUUAGAGACCAUGUGCAGAGUAACCUUGACUCAUCACUCUUUAAGGAACCUAGCGCUCUUGUUUUACUUACAGGUGACUUUAAUCCCACGUCUACAGGUUUUAAAAUGAAAUAUAUCACACAGGUGAACCAUCUUAAACAACUUGUAUCUUUUAAAACCAGAGAUUCUGCCGUAUUCGAUUGGCUGUUAACAAAUAGACCUAAGAUGUUUGAAGUAUCUAGAUUGCCAAAGGUUGGUUCGUCUGACCACUAUACGAUCUUAGCAAAACCAAAUAUAGCAAUAUCAUCUAAACAGACUAUUACCAAAAUUAGAAUCCGGGACAUGCGGAACUCUGCGUGGUGUGCCUUUGGACGAUGGAUAACCAAAAAAAAAACUGGUCAUCGGUAUUAAGUGCGAGUACGAGCAAAGAUAAAUUUGACCUCUUUAUGUCAGAGCUUGACCAAGCAGUUGAUACCUUUCUCCCACAGAAAAUGAUUAAAAAGCAUCCGACAGAUCAACCGUGGAUUACUAAUACGAUAAAACUGUGGAUUUCUAGACACCAAUGUGCAUUCCAACAACAAGGAAAAAAUUCUAAAGACUAUAGUUUUUGGAGGAAUAAGGUUCAACGUGCGAUCCAGUCAGCAAAAUCCAAUUACUUUCAUAGUAAGGUAGCAGAUGUUGAUAGAGUUAACCCUGUAAAGUGGUGGAAAGAGAUUAAAAAACUAUCAGGUCAAAAUAUCCGACAGGAAUGGUUUCAUCAGUUCCUUGAUAACAACAUGGAUAUAGAAUCCCUAGCUAAUAAAGUGAACGACUUCUUUGUUAGUCUUACAGAUCACUUCGCCCCUCUGAGCCAACCAACUCCACCUAUGCAAAUCCCGGAAGAAUUCUUGGUUACGGAAAGUGAGGUGUUUAAAGCAUUAGCAUCACUGCAAAUUAGUAAGGCGAUUGGCCCUGAUAAUAUCCCGAAUAGAAUCCUGAAAGAGUUUGCUCCUGAACUGGCUCCAGUCAUUCGUAAUAUUUACAACCAGUCAAUGAAAGAAGCGAAUAUCCCAUCACCACUUAAGUCAUCUAUCGUAAUUCCAGUUCCGAAGAUAUCACCUCCUCAAACAAUUGAAAAUGAUCUUCGCCCAAUCUCGCUUACUUCUUCAAUGGCAAAAGUUAUGGAAGGCUUUACUUGCACUAGACUAUUAAAGGACUUGGAAGGAAAAAUCGACCCUCGCCAAUAUGCCCGCAAAGGGCACUCAACAACAGAUGCCCUUCUCUACAUGAUGCAAACAAUUCAUGAGGUAUUGGACGGGGGCGAAGCUGGUGCUCGUAUCUUCUUCGCAGACUUCUCAAAAGGUUUUGACCUAAUUGACCACUCUAUUUUAAUACAAGAACUGUAUAAACUCCAGGUUCACCCUGCCUUGGUGUCCUGGAUCUCAGCCUUUUUAUUCAAUCGUAGGCAGGCGGUUAGAAUUGGUAGUGUCCUUUCUCAAUGGCAAACUCUGAAAGGAGGAAUACCCCAAGGGACUAAACUCGGAGUGGUACUUUUUAUGGUCAUGACAAAUAGCUUACUGGCUAAUUGGCAUCUCCGUACAAAAUUCGUGGAUGAUACUUCAGCCCUCGAGAUUAUUCCUAGGAACUCUAUCAGCCUCCUUAAUUUUGCAGUCUCUGAUAUACAUGAAUUUGCUAAUGAACAUAACAUGAAGCUCAAUCCUAAGAAGUGUAAGGAAAUGCUUAUAAACUUCCUACAUAACCCCAAUUUCUUACUCCGACCAAUCCAAAUUGGUAACAAUAUUAUUGAGCGUGUGACAACGUAUAAAUCUUUGGGUGUCAUUUUGAGUAGCGACCUAAAAUGGAAUCCCCAUAUCGAAUACAUUGUUAAGAAGGCUAACAAAAAACUAUACCCUUUAAGAGUCCUGCGAAGAGCUGGGGUUGACCAAAAGAAGUUACUGAAAGUGUACCUGUGCACAGUAAGACCGGUACUUGAGUACGCCGUCUCUAUUUGGCAAGACAUUCCGGAUUAUCUAUCGAAGGAAAUUGAGUCGGUCCAAAAACAAGCACUAAAGAUAAUUUUCUCGGAGAGCGAGUCAUAUGCGGAGGCCCUGAAUUUUGCACAACUACCAACUUUAACCACAAGAAGAGUGCAAAUAUGUCAGAAAUACAUGGUCAGAAUGAGGCGAGAAAACCAUUCCUUAUUGCCAAUCCCUGUUGUUCCUGACCAUGACAUUAAUUUGAGACAGAACACUGAUCGAUUUUAUCUAUUUAAUAAUGUUACUGAUUGCAGAACAAUUAAAGCUCAAUCCUUUUUUACAUUUAAAUACUCUUAAUAUGUUGUUCCUAACCAUGACAUUAAUUUGAGACAGAACACUGAUCGAUUUUAUCUAUUUAAUAAUGUUACUGAUUGCAGAACAAUUAAAGCUCAAUCCUUUUUUACAUUUAAAUACUCUUAAUAUGUUAAGAUUUUUUUUUUAAUAUAUAUGAAAAUUGUAAAUAAUUAUGCAUGCACUAUUUACUAUUUUGGUAAAUGCCUAAUGAUUUUAACUCUUGUAAAUAGCCUAGAUUCUAAAGCAUAUCCAUGUACUAUUUUAUAACAUAUUCUUAUCUAUUGUAAAGUACUCGUUAAUUCAGUUGUUUCUGUAACUGCAAGAGAGUCCUAAUAAACUAUUAUUAUUAUUAUCUCCGUGAAUUGUUUGAAUCUCGCAGCACAGGAUAUAAUUAAGAAACUCUGGACACGCCUUAUUUGUGCCAAAACCACGAACAAACUACAGUAAACGAAGUUUUUAGUUAUAGCGGGGAAGUGAUGCGGAACGAGUUACCGCAAAAUGUACGAGAAACAUGCUCUCUCUAAGUCAAUUCAAAAGAGCAAUUGACAAUCAGCUGUUCUCUAUAUAAAUCAGUAUUUUAGUGUUUGCAUAAGUUUAAAGUGUAUUAAUUGUCAUAGCUUAAUUAUAACCACAUUAUUAUAUGUUAGUCAUAAUCUCUUAGAUUAGAUUUAGAUACCCUCGCUACCUUCGCUACCCUCACUACCUUUGCUACCUUCGCUACCCUCGCUACCUCCGCUACUACCUUCACUACCUACAAUGCUAUACUCUUCACUACUAUAUAACUGCUUGAUUAUCUUCCCUUAAGAUUAUUGCUUGUAAAUGAUUAAAAAUAGAACAAGUUAAUACGCAAAUUUCUAUAUUGUAUACGAACAUAGAAUUUAUUUGUCCAGUAUAUAAUUAAUAUUUAACUAUCCCUUUGACCAAUCACAAAAGAUCUUGUUGGAGCCGCUACAUGACCCUAAUUAUGAAUACACAAGAUAUACUAGUACUGUACUGUAAACAUGCAUCUACUUGAAGAAUGUAAAAUGAACAGUGAUGAGUGAUGUAAUAUAAUUAUGUACUUAUUUGGAAAACCUUUUUGGCAAAUCUUGAGAAUAAUGGCUUUGGGAAUGUUGAAAAUUAAAAACUGUCAGAUAGCUGCAUGGACAGCAUGGUUAGAAGCAUACAUGUCAUCAGAUGAAACUCCAACUUUUGUUAAUUGCCAACUGAAAUACAAUAUUUUAUUAAUGACAAUUGAUAUUCUAGUAUUGGAAUGAACAGUGUUAUAAGAAUCAAUGGUGCUGAACUAAUUUGGGUUUAUUAUAAAAUAUUGUUUAUCAUUUACUUCUGGCCAUUAACCUUACCUAUUAAGUUAUACAUUGUGUCCUAAUUUUUAUUUUACUCUGACUGUCUAACACCAGAUGAUUUUAUAUGUUGGGAUAGAUCACUGGUGCUCAAUGGAUUAUUUCAUAAUACACACUAGUUUGUUAACGUACUCUGUCUAAUUAUGCUAACACCACUGGCAAUGGAAUUGAGCAGUGAUGUAGCCAGGAUUUCUAAUCAAGGCCUUCAAGGGGGGCUGAAAUCCCCAGGAGGGGCCUGCACUAGUUUGAAUAAGUUUGUUAUUAUGUAAAAAUGUAUUUGGACUCCCAAGCUAUCCAUGUAUAAUAUAGUACAAUGUAGUUUUUUUAAAUUCUAGUUGGUAAACUGCCAUUUGGGGGGGGGGGCUAUUUUAUUAAUGUGUUUGGGGGGGGGGGCUAUUUUAAUGUGUUUUGAUGAUUUGAAAUAACCAUUCAGUUAAGUUAAACACAUGUUCAACUUACUCUACUUAAUUGCAAACAAGUCCGGAACAUUUAAAAUAUUUUGACCCCCCCCCCUCUGGUUACACCAGUGGAAUUGACUUGAGCCUUUUAGACCUCUGGAUUUUAGUUGCAACUUAGAACAGUAUUUUGACAUACAGUGAUGAGUCGUUGGGUCGUUCCAGAAAAGAUCCACACUCCCCCCACAGAGGAAAUUUCUGCCAUCUGGAGGGGUAGGGGGAAAAAAUUGUUUCUGAUAAUAGUAAAUGUAUUAGGACAUCCAAAGGGGUAGGAGGGAUUAACUUCCUCUGUGGGGGUGGUAUGGGUGUUUUCUGGAAUGACCCAAUAAAACAGUGUGUUUUUUUUCAAAUCUAAUCAAGCUGUCAAAUUGUCAAUCCUUGUACAUGGGGAGGGGAAAUUUCGAAGAAAGAAAAAUUGUGACAGAUCUGGUUGGGGAUCCACCUGUAGGCCUGGCCAUAGACGUACAGGGCGGGGCCCGAUUGUUGGGCAGACUAGGCCAGUCAGGCAAUAUUUACUUCACAGUUGGGCAAUACUGGCUUAUUAUAAAAAUAAAUAUGAGAAAUUAUUCCCUCAAUAUUGGGGGAAAUAUGCUAUAUAAUAGUAAAAAAUUUAGUUCAUUUUGAUUAAUAGUCAUUUAAUAUAUGUGCUAUCAACAGUUUCUUUAUGGUAUUAAGUAACAGAUUACAAUGUUUGUACAUUAGAGAUUUAGAGGCACUAAUAACUCAAUAAUAAAUAGGGACUAAUACAAACUCUGAGGCAGUGCAUGCACCCAUAAGUGCACCCAGCAUCCUCAAAUUGGGAAUAAUUUGCAAAUUUAAAUAUUUGUGUAUAAUUAAUAAUUUAUCCUAUUCCAAUACAAAAUGCAAUAAUAUAGAACACACAAUUUAUCAAAUAAAGGUAAAAAAGGUAUUAAAAACUUUAUUAUGUAAUAUUUACAUUGAAUAUCGUGGUUGAAGUUGUAGAUUUAUACUUGAAAUUUCAAUAUUUUUCCAAAUGUUUCGCUUUAUUAUGUUAAAUUUUUUACUUUGUUCGCCAUUCUUGCUUAUUUACAAAUACAAAUAGUCCAUUUCUUCUUUUUCUCUUUUCAAAAUAGCCCAGAAUUUGGCUUAAAAAAGUAUUUUCAUGCAAAAACCAGCAUUUAACUUUUGUAUACACUCCUUGUGAUAGCAGCCAUGUUGCCAAAAUAUCACCCGGUGAAUUAAUAACUUCCGGUACUUUCCUUGUAUUCGCAUUGACCAAUCAAAUCACGUUCUGAGUUGGAUUACCCCAACCUCGUACCCAGGGCUGAUUAUCCCAGGGCUUCUCAAUCUCGUACCCAGAGCAAUGCCUGUGCGCGGGCUAGGAUGGCAUUGGCUCUGGGGAAAUUGAUAACCGGAACCCCUAAAUUUAGGGGUUCCGGUUCUUUGUCGGCAUGUACGAUUGAUAAACGUUAAACCAAUCACAGCACAGGAAAAAUUCAAUUUCCCCAAAGCCAAUGCCAUCCUAGCCCGCGCACAGGCAUUGCUCUGGCUACGAGAUUGAGGGCUUCUGAGAGCAAUAAGCGCAGAAGCCCUGGGUACGAGGUUGUAUCCUAUACUGAUCCAUCCUCGGUCCCAGGGCCUCACGGCUGACACUGCGUUGCCGGCAACGCAGUGUCAGCCGUGAGGCCCUGGGACCGAGGAUGAUACUGAUCGGUCAGAUUUUCAUUUGAUCCAUACCUAAUUUUAGUGUGCAGUGAUAACCAAUUUGUGCAGUGAUAAAAGUAAAAUGUGCAGUGAUAAAAUGUAAAAUGUGCAGUGAUAAAAUUUGCUUUGAUAAGUUGUUAAUUAACACAAGAGAAUGAUUUAAUUGAAAUUGAAAUGAUGACUGCCAAAUUAUCGAAUUAAAUAAUAGUAUAUGUUUUUUGUACGAAAAUCAUGAGAUUCAGGCAAUUUUUAGUUAAUAUCUGGCUUUUGGUAUGUCCUGAAAAAUUUUUUGACCCUUAAAAUGGUACACUGACCAAAAUUUUUUUGGCGAGGUCGCCAAAAUUUUCCGAAUAUUCGGAAAUUUUCUUAGUCAUUCGGAAAUUUUUGGCAUAAAAUGUGCAGCGAUAAAAAAUUCUUAAAAUUAGGUAUGAUUUGAUCAGCAGAAAAUCGUGACUGCUGAUUACCAUGAUCCGGAACAUUGGGAACGUUAUUUCGAGCCCUGGACAGCUGGACUAACAAACUCACGCAGCGAAUGUGAAGUGAUGCCAACUUUCCUUGGGCAACCCGUAAUCCAUGGUCUCCUCUGCAUGCAUCAAGCUUUGCACAAAGUAGAACUAGAAGUGGGUACUUUUGGCAACCAUUAUUUUUUACCUUUUCGCAAGUUGCCAAGCAAUUGGACGUCGAACUUCGGCGCUCGCGGUCUUUGUGCGGAUCAUUGAUGGUGCGGAUUUGUUUCCAACAUCUUUGUAAAUUAUAUGAAAUUUAUUGGUCAGUUGGUUAAAUUGAAUCUUGUGACAAGCAUCGUAUAACAAUAUAAUUGCAGGAACAAACUUCUUAUUCCUUUGCUUUAAUUAAGGCAUUAAUAUAGCGUUGUGUCGCUGACAAAAGAUCACUCCCCAACACAGAUCAGUAUAUUAUAAAGACUAUAUAUGAAGUUUCUGUGUACUACCAUGAUUUAUAUUGGUUAAAUACGGUCUUCCUUUUUCAGUACGAGGAACGACUUCGCAUUCAAAAAUCAGGAGGAAAUGUCCAGUCAGUACAUCCCACAAGAUCUUUGUAGAACAUUUAUAUCUCGCUACUACUGUACUAGAGACUAGAAAGCUCUCUGGUAACAAAAAUUUCCACUAUCUUUAUACUGCAGUAUGUAUCUUUUAGAGAUGGACGAGUGCUUGGCAUUCUUGAAGUUUCACGUUCAUUUGGUGACGGACGUUUUACAGUGUGUCUUGAGAUGCUGUCUCACCGACAAAGACUUUAAUAUUAAUUCAGGCAUAUUGGUCUUCACUCGCUUAUCCCAAAUGCAUCAUUGAAAUCAUUGUUGUCUUUCUCGUUUUUAUAGAUUUCUUUUGCUCGCACAUGAUGGUUUGUGGAAGGGAUUUGAAGUAGACGAAGCUUUAAAGUAUAUCAACGACAUUCUUGAGGUUUGAAUAAAUAUUCGUAUCACUACUCCUGUUUACGAAAGAUCAAUUUUAUUAAUUAUUUCACUUGGUUUUAUAUAGGAAGAGAAACCAGAAAGGGGAAAAGGUAUGGCUCGUUACAGUGCAUGUAUAUCAAUUAUUUAUCAAUCAGUAUAACUAUAAUAUUAACACAUGUAUACAUAAGUUAGACAAAUGUAUUCGAUUCAUGGACAUAAUAAAUAUAUAUAAUUUAAAAUAUGUUUCUUUCUUUUAGAUUCUGAAGACGUGACGGAGACGUCUGUGUACGAGACAGCAUGUAGUCGAUUGGCGGGCGAUGCAAUCAGAAAAGGAAGUUCUGACAACGUCACAGUAAUGUUGGUGGAGAUAAAGAACCAAUCAUAGGAGUGAAAAUGAAUCAUCCAGCCAAUCAGAAAGCGAAAAACCAGUUGAAACCACCUCCACGCUGGAGAAAACGAGAUAUAUCGCAGUAAAAAAGAGAAAAGUGAAUCCAAAACUGAGUCUAAAAAAACUCCUUGCAUGCAGAGAUAUUUUGUACAUGCAGCUAUUAUAUUUGAAUAUAUUAUACCUUUAGGCCUCAAAUUUCCAUGCACAUUGCAAAGCUUGUAUAAUUAAAAAAAUAUUUUAAAAAUGUUCAUACAUUUAUUGUGCUAAUUUUGUGACUAAGUUUGGUGAUACAGUAUGUUAGCUUUCUCAUACCCCUUACUGUACAAUAUAAUUUACAAGCUGAGAUCUAUUAGCAUCACCAUAUUGACGUGUUUAUACAGCAAAAAUAAACAUGUUCCAACCAGCAAGUAGAAAAACAGCGUUACUGUUUUUCUUGAGCGUUACUUUUUAAUGUUAUUCUGCUUCACAACGUUUUCUCUCCACUUUCCCAACAAUUUUGGAGGCAUUGUAAUUCAAUUCCCGUAAGUAACAGUGUAUAAAAUAUUAAAAUCUACAAUCUCUAUUCUGUAUGAUUGAACUGAUUCAUAUGAUAAUCUUUAUAAAUAUGAACCAAUAUAUAUACCGACUAUUGAAUAGGUAUAGUCAACCCCUAGUGAAUACAGUAUCAUAAAGCAUUUGAAUUAAAUAGUUUUCUAUUUUUUCGAAUAAACAGAAAAUUCGACAUAAAAUCACACAAACAAAUUCGACAUAUAAACAUCACACCAACAAAUUCGACAUAUAUCAUCACAUUUUACACGAAAGUCAUCAGGUAAAUUAUAUCAAGAUUUACAAGUGCACCCGAGGGCAAAUUCUCUUUCAAAAUAUAGCGACCUCAUUACUCCUGUUAGCUUGAUGCCGAAAAGGUGCAUUUCGGUUGGAUGAGUGAGAUAGUGACGUGGAAAUCAAGUUGUAGGAAGACAGAGAUUUGCAGGUGAUCGAUUUCCACUUGCAAAUUCUUUUCCGCGAAGAGUAUUUUUUAUUUGUCUUUGGUCUCUCAACUGGGAGUCUGGGACCAUCUGGAACUAUUUGGAUCCAAGGCCAGUAAGAAAGAUGCACUUGGGGGUGAUUUUUACAACUUCAGGUGCACACCUGAUAAUUUCAAAUGCACCUGCACCUCAGAAAUAUGGUUUACCAUAUCUCGUCAAAAUGUGCCACGUUCUGCAAACUGACCCCCACCGACAUAUGCAAUCUACCCACUGCGUGCGUGUGUGUGUGGGUAGAAGUACAUACCCAAAAUGCAUUACCCACCAUCCCAGAUCAGCUUGCAUCCACCUAUUUCUUAUUUCAUCUUAUUUUUUAAAAACUGUACGAACAAGACAUACAAACUAAAAAUUUUACCAAAGGUAAAUCCAUCCAAUUUUCCAUACCAUUAAAUAUGAGGUUAUUGUUGCCUGAUAUGAGAUACAUAUGUGACAACAAGUAUGGAUAUAAACCCAAACUUUAUGACGCAAAUGGAAAGAUUUUCCAUCCUACGCUGCUCAGACAAAUGUGAAAUGGUUGAAGAAAUAUAGACCAUCAAACAAGAACCAAACGCAGAAAAAUCACAAGAAACGUCAAUAGUGAUAGUAGUGUUGUUUGUAAAUAUUUGAAACUACAUUAUCUAGCAUUAUCUAUCUUACUGUCCUCCAGAAAUAAAGUUUUAUUGUGUCCCAAUUACAAUAUGAAGAUCUAUGCAUCCAUAGAUUAGUUUGAGAUAAUUACUUUUCCAUGUUUGUUAGUCACAAUGCUGACAGGUUUUUGGACAUUGUUCUAACAUAUAAGGAUAUUUAUUUGAACAGAAUGAUGUGAAGUCAGCACAGGUGGUAAGCGUAUCAUAGCAUGGUGGCUUGGUGCUAGAUACUGGUGCCACAUUGGAUGGUAUCUUUUCUGCCAUCUCAGGUGGUGGGUGUUGCAUUGUUUAGCAACAAUGGUAUAGUUGGUUUCUCUGUCAUCUGUAAUGAUGGUUCUGAAGGUAGAGUUGUUGGUUCUGUCAUAUCAGUUUGUACUGAAGAUAUAUAUAUACUUAUCUGGAUUCUUUGUUCUGAUGGUCAGUUAUUUGGCAUCUGGAAUGUUGAUUCUGAUGGUAUAUAUUCUGGUGUUGAUGGUGACUUGUGGAAUGUUGAUUCUGGUGGUGUCGAUGAUGGUUGUUUACUUGGUUGUGUUGUCUGA